ACCAACUCGUACUUCUCCAUCUUGUACGAAUUCAAUAAAUAAAAAUUGAAGAAACCUAACCUAAAGAAAUUCACAGAAUCAAACCUCCAAAAUCCCUCAAAACUUCGCUCGCAUUCAUGCUCUUCCUGCUCAACUCACGCCACAAAACUUGAACGCAAUUGGCGGUGGCCAGUUUGGAGAGGUUUGAAGGGGAUUUUUUUAAUACUUCUAUGUUGCUUUUCCUAUUCUAUUACCAACAGGAUGAUCCGGUUACUCUUUGGGUAAAUAAGGUUGGCCCUUACAAUAAUCCACAAGAAAGAUAUAACUACUACAGCCUCCCCUUUUGCCAUCCAUCAGGGAAUCCUGCUCAUAAAUGGGGUGGUCUUGGUGAAGUCCUUGGUGGAAAUGAACUUAUUGAUAGCCAGAUCGAUAUAAAGUUCCGAAAGAAUGUGGAAAAAAGUGCCAUUUGUCAGCUGGAACUAGACGAUGCAAAGGUUAAGCAGUUCAAAGAGGCGAUAGAGAACAGCUAUUGGUUUGAAUUCUUUGUAGAUGAUCUGCCUCUAUGGGGCUUUGUUGGUGAGCUGCAUCCUGAUAAGAACAGUGAUAAUGGCAAGCAUGUCCUUUACACACAUAAGAAUAUUAUUAUUAAAUACAAUAAAGAUCAGAUUAUUCAUGUAAAUAUUACUCUGGAUGGUCCAAAGCAACUGGAGGCAGGGAGAACAUUGGGCCUGACAUACUCUGUCAGAUGGAUUCCAACUAACGUCACCUUUGCACGCCGCUUUGAUGUUUAUUUGGACUACCCUUUCUUUGAGCACCAGAUCCAUUGGUUUUCCAUUUUCAAUUCAUUCAUGAUGGUCAUUUUCCUCACUGGCUUGGUGUCAAUGAUCUUGAUGCGGACUCUCAGAAAUGACUAUGCAAAAUAUGCUCGGGAAGAUGAUGAUCUAGAGACUUUGGAAAGGGAUGUCAGUGAUGAGUCUGGAUGGAAACUUGUCCAUGGGGAUGUUUUUCGUCCUCCUUGCAAUUUGGUCCUCCUUUCAGCUGUUGUGGGCACAGGUGCUCAAUUAGCUUCACUUGUUCUCCUUGUCAUUUUAUUGGCAAUUGUGGGAACAUUAUAUGUUGGGAGAGGAGCUAUUGUGACAACUUUCAUACUUUGCUAUGCUUUUACAUCAUUCAUUUCUGGUUAUGUGAGUGGUGGGAUGUACUCGCGUAAUGGGGGUAAAAAAUGGAUAAAGUCAAUGAUCCUCACAGCAUCUCUGUUCCCUUUUAUGUGCUUUGGAAUUGGGUUCAUCUUGAACACAAUUGCUAUAUUCUAUGGAUCUCUAGCAGCCAUUCCUUUUGGCACAAUGGUGGUUGUUUUUGUAAUUUGGGCUUUCAUUUCAUUCCCUCUGGCCCUACUUGGUACAGUUGUUGGAAGAAACCGGAGUGGUGCUCCAAAUAAUCCAUGUCGUGUGAAGACCAUUCCUCGCCCAAUUCCAGAGAAGAAAUGGUAUCUUACUCCCUCUGUGGUCUCACUGAUGGGAGGACUUCUACCCUUUGGCAGCAUAUUCAUUGAGAUGUAUUUUGUCUUUACAUCAUUUUGGAAUUACAAGGUUUAUUAUGUCUAUGGCUUUAUGUUGUUGGUUUUCCUGAUUCUCAUCAUUGUAACUGUUUGUGUGACAAUUGUGGGGACAUAUUUCCUGCUAAAUGCUGAGAACUAUCACUGGCAAUGGACUUCAUUCUUCUCUGCUGCCUCAACAGCUAUCUAUGUUUACCUGUACUCCAUAUACUACUAUUACGUGAAAACUAAGAUGUCUGGCUUCUUCCAGACCAGCUUCUACUUUGGAUACACUUUGAUGUUUUGUGUUGGACUGGGAAUUCUCUGUGGUAACCUUUACUUAUAUUUUGUACCAUUUUUCAUGCUUAUGCGUAGAUGCAUCUAACUUCUAGUUCUACUGCUACAUUGAUUUACGAAAAAAAUCUGGCCUCUACAUUGAAACCCUUGUAACAUCUCUUUUUAUUCCGUUGCCUCUAGGUAUUUCCUUAAUCUUGUCAGCUAAUCUAAUCUAGUUCAUAUCUAAUUUUUGGUUGGAUUAGAUCUUUGCUUUAUAUUCAAUUAAUCUAAUCUAGUUCAAAUCUAGGUACAUAGCAAUUUUCUCGAGUUUGGUAGAGAUUUCUCGUCUAUUUGUUUAAACCAUUUUUCCUUGUGGCAAGUGGCAAGGUUACAUCAACCAUUAGCCAUCAUGGAAGGAAACUUGAGAUGCAAAUGAUUCCUUCUGACUAGAUAUAUCUUUUUCCUUGUUGUUUAACAUGGUUUUGAUCACUCUUUUUAUAUAUGCAGGCGCUGUUGGUUAUCUUGGCUCUAAUUUGUUCGUGCGGAGGAUCUACAGAAACAUCAAGUGUGACUAGAACAUCACCAAGGAUAAAUAGAUCCUUUACGGUGCCUCCCCAAGCAGGUUAGUUAUUGAGACAAUAAAUUUUGACAGGUAAGGGGACCCUGCAGUGCCAGCAUAUUAAAUGACAAUGUUCAACGGUAGGAAUGUAGCCAUCAUUCUGUGGAUUAGGGGAAUCCAAGAAAUUUUAGCAUUUUUCCCCAGUUGUAAGUGAAAGCUUUGAUUAGAAUUCAGAUGUUACAAUUCAGAAGCUGGCAAAAAUCAGAGUCCUAUGAUCUUGUAAAUUUUUUUCCCUUAAUCCCUAGUCUAAUAGAUAUCCCCUAUAGCUAAUUUCCCCACGUUAGCUUUUUUAUUCUUCUCUUAGAGGAUUGGACAAAGGGGAAGGAAUUAAUGAAUUCUAUGAUGUGUUGUUGAAUUAUGUGCAUAUGAUGGUUCUGCCCAUAAAUUUGAUCAUGUUUUCUGAUGGUCUUUUGAGAUGCUUGCUUGAAUCCUGGGGAUAUCCUGGAGUGGUUA